AUGGAGACGCUGCAGGUGGAAAACCUCUACUCCGGAAGUUGCUGCUGCACUCUUAUUCGCUUCAAUGAACUUUUGCUGCUGGUCAACUGCGGCAUUUCGGACACCCUAGACCCUACCCCCCUCGCGCCCCUCCUCAGACAGCUGGGAGAGGUGGACGCGGUGCUGCUGAGCCACGGCUCUGUGGCUUAUUGUGGG